GGUGCCAAUAUCAAGGAGACAACAGGAAUUGAAAGUAAUGUACAGGGAACUUUCCUUUGUUGUACCCUUGGUGGUUACAGGUGAAAUUAUAGUGCAGUUUUUGUGAACCUCAAAGGGUACUUUAACCACUCAAAAGGCUCCUCAUUGGCUGCUUUGCCAUACUCUUAUACAAGCUAAUCACUAACAAAAUCUGGAGGCAAAAUUGCACCAAGAACAUGAGAACAGAAAGGUCCUGAACAAAGACUGUGUUUUGAUCUGUUCUGGCCUGGGAAGUGGACUGUAAUGCCUGGUGGAGUGUCACUUUGCUAUGCUACAGUUAACCCAGUCUCUAUGCCACAGCUGCUCCACUCACCCAAUCAAUGCGCAUGUCACUUAUCAAUAGUCUUGCACUGAUGAUGUUUUCUCUAGUGGGAUGAUUUUUUUUUUGGCUUUGGUCACUGUGCUUUAUUUUAAAAAUAUCAGCAAAGAAGCAUAAACUCUACACAAGUAUGCAAAAAAUUAAAGCUUGAAAAGGUUGUUUAAUGUAUUUAAAACUUUCUUGCUCUUAUGCUAUAAAAUAUACUGGUUCAACCCAAAAGAGGUUUCAAAGAAAAUGCUUCACUGAAUUGAACAUGUUUAAAAUAACUGUAGUUGUGUCACCCUUUAUGAAAUUAGCAGAAGUAUCCCAAAAUUUCAAAAAUAUCCCAAAACAACAAUCAAUGAAGAAAACACAAACCAACCAACAACAGCAACAACCCCAAUACAUUAGGUAAUUUUCUAUAGAUGUGCUCACAAUGUCUCAAGCCCUCCAGAAAACACACAUCAUUCUCAUUGUGUUUCCCAACAAUGUCAGGAAAAAUGUCCUUUUCAUGUUACAAGUACCCUCAAUAAACAAAUGCUACACAAACGCCAGUGAAAAUGAAUUGUCGGGUUUUUUUAUGCUUAUUGUUGGCAAUCAUGCUAUGUUGCAAGGGCACUCAAGAGAAAACUUUGGAGUAAAUGGUAUGAGUAAGGUAUGAUUAGUAAUACAAGCUCUAAUAAGGACUAAAUAGUAAUUCAUUACACCUUACACAGUUUUUUGAUUAAUAAUUAGCCUUUUUUCAGGGUCCUUGUAAUCCUAAAUACUCAGAAAAUAGCGGACAUUGUAUAUUGACACGUAUUCAAUCAAAAUGAGAGCGUGGAUUUGCCAAGUCGUCUCCAAUCGGUUCAUGGUUUCCUCUGAAGACGUCGAUGCGCUAAAUGAAGGGGUUGGGUUUUCCACCAGCUGAAACCUUUCUAGGUCGUGAUUACUACUUUGAAACCUUCCACGUCUUACUUGAUGCCCUAAUUAGCGAGUAGGGCAAUAUAGUACAGUUUCCCUGUGUUUCUCUUCUUUGUUAAAUUGAAUAUCUAAAACGAAGUAGAUGUGAACAGAAGAAACGCCACUUCUUUCCCCGUUUCUCUCCCCCAGUGCACUACCCCUCACUGACUCACCUCAGUUCGUUUCCUUCACCUGCUACUCUUCAGGGUCCGUUUCGGUUUGGCACAAGCUCACCCUGGCACAAAUUCUCAGAAGUCUGUCACGAACCGAAACCAAGCCCCAGCCGCACUUCUGGACCCACUUCAACGCGGAAAAUAAUAGUUUGUCUGGUCUUCUGGGUGUCUCAAGUUUACCUUUAAGAUGAGUAUCAAAUCUGACUCUGAGCCAAACAACAACGUCUCAAGCGAAGAAGAGGUCCGAACACUGUUUGUCAGUGGCCUGCCAACAGAUAUCAAACCUCGUGAACUCUAUCUGUUGUUUAGACCAUAUAAGGGUUAUGAAGGUUCACUGAUUAAGUUAACAUCAAAGCAGCCCGUUGGAUUUGUGACAUUUGACAGUCGCUCUGGUGCUGAAGCAGCAAAAAAUGCAUUAAAUGGGGUUCGAUUUGACCCUGAAAACCCGCAGACACUCCGCUUAGAGUUUGCUAAAGCCAACACGAAGAUGGCAAAGAGUAAGCUGAUGGGCACCCCGAACCCCACAAAUAUCCACCCAGCUCUAGGAGCACACUUCAUAGCACGGGACCCAUAUGACUUGACAGGGGCAGCACUGAUCCCAGCAUCCCCAGAGGCCUGGUCUCCGUACCCACUCUACACGGCCGAGCUGAGCCCUGGUUUGCCCCACGCUGCUUUCACUUACCCGGCUGCGGCUGCUCUCCAUGCCCAGAUGCGUUGGUAUCCAUCUACUUCUGAGUCAUCCCAACCUGGAUGGAAAUCGAGGCAGUUCUGUUAAAUAUGUUAAUUGUUCACCCCUGUAUGCAUUAACCCCUUAGGAGUACAAUUGCAUCAGCAUAAACCAACUGAUCUUUGUGAAGUAUUAGAAUGUUAAACAAAAAAAGUGUUCAGGGCUCUUGGUUAUUUAAUGCAGCUUUCUCCUGAUGGGGGGGG